GGGUCUUAUAAAAAUUAAGGUCGAGAACUCUUAUUUUGUAAAAGAAAAUUGCCUUUUGUCCUACGGGUCCAUAAAGGCUACACAGUCGUCCAUUGGUUAAUUUGGCUGUCAAUCAGAGCCUUUCUCCUCCCACGUGGUGACGUCCACCUCUCCAAAGUAACGAGGCCAGUCUAUUACGCACACAAAAGACACAACAAAAGCCAGUGUUGGGAAAAUGAGAUCCGUCAGCACCCAGAGGACGCAACAAUAAAAGUUCCCACCUGGCAGCAUCACACGUGGACCAGACCCUGGGACGAAGACAAUCACUGGUUUACCCCUAAAAAAAAAUAAAAAAAAUAAACAUAAUUAGCAGAAAGUAACAACAACAACCAUCAGGCUGCAGUUUCCCCACCGAGCUGCGCUUUGAUCUGUCUCAGGUGGCUCGAUUUUCUCCUGUGGUGUCUGUGUGGAGCGUGCCACACACCCACUCCACAGCAAGACGGCUUUUGCUUGCAUCUUCCAGUGUUUCUUCUGUCAGCAAGUACAGCAGAGCUGCAACUCUUCCAGUGCCAGCCCUGACACCAGCGAGGAGCCCUGCCCCACUGACAUGGUGAAGAUGACCAAGUCGAAGACCUUCCAGGCCUACCUGCCAUCUUGCCACCGCACAUACAGCUGCAUCCACUGCCGAGCACACCUGGCCAACCACGACGAGCUCAUCUCAAAGUCAUUUCAAGGAAGUCAAGGAAGAGCCUACCUGUUUAAUUCAGUGGUGAAUGUGGGCUGCGGGCCAGCUGAGGAGCGGGUUCUCCUCACAGGUUUACACGCUGUGGCUGAUAUCUACUGUGAAAACUGUAAAACCACGCUGGGCUGGAAAUAUGAACAUGCAUUUGAAAGCAGUCAAAAAUACAAAGAGGGAAAGUUCAUCAUCGAGCUGGCUCACAUGAUCAAGGACAACGGAUGGGAGUGACAGCGGUGCAACAUCCCAUCUAUUUGAAUCCGUUUUCCUGACCUUGGAAUGCUCUUGGUUUGAACUGAGUGGAGCGACAACCAUUGACCCUGCAUCCGUCUCCCUGCUCCCAUUCACACCCUUUUCCCUUUAAAAGAAAAGACCUCCACUCACCUGCACACACCCACCUGCUCAUCGUGAGAAUCGGACAUAACGAAUGCAUUGGGAAGUGGACUUAAAAACCUCACACCACCUUGAAGAUUAUGUGCUCUCCUUCGCCGCCGCUGAGCGUUUGGGUUCCCUCACCGUAGUCGCCGCCCACCCCCCCCACACCUCGCCUCGGCCCCACCGAAACACGCUUACUAGUGAUUGUGGUGAUGUGGCGAACCGCUGUGUGAACGGAGAGACUUCACUGAAAGAGACAGCUUGUUGUUUUUCUUUAUUCCGCUCAUCUUUGAAGACUUUGUUAUUAUUUUGAAGUUAUAUGCCAUAGUUUUAACUUUUUUGAGGUUUGGUGAAGCUUUGGUUUGAUGGCAGAUGGAUGUUACUGGUUAGCAUUUUAUUUUCCAUAAUAUUUGUUUGGUUUAUUUGUUGUUCUUUUUGGGGUUUUUUUUUUCUUUCUUUCCUCUUCGCUAUUGUCCAAAUGAGCAAUCAGGGAUGGGUUGAGAAGAAACGGGCAAAGGGAGUUUAUUGUAGUUACAAACUUGUAGCAGGUUUUUUUUCCCUUUUUUAAAAAGUGGGAUUUCAGUUAUGUUGGAUUUUAUACCUGAUGUUUCCUUAUGUUUUUAUCUCUCUUUGUGGACUUUUUUUCAUUCUCCCUUCCUGGUACUUUUCAGCACCCAAAAAGAAUCGAAAGCAGCACCUAGUAUUUUGUUUGACAUAAACAGGUAUCAAACUUGAUUU